CUCUGGUGUGCAGACACUUAGGCCCCCACCUUGCUUCGUUAUGCAGUGGGGGGAUGCCUCGCUGGACGGUGCACUUGGAGGGGGGUCCCCGGCGGGUGAAUCAUGCUGCUGUAGCAGUGGGACAUCGAGUCUUCUCCUUUGGUGGUUAUUGCUCUGAAGAGGACUACGAGACUUUGAGGCAGAUUGAUGUUCACGUCUUCAAUACCGUGUCCCUACGCUGGAGAAAACUUCCUCCUGUCAUUGACGGCCAAUCUAGGGUUCCCUACAUGAGGUAUGGCCACACUGCCGUGCUCAUCGAGGACGUCAUCUACAUCUGGGGUGGGCGCAACGACACAGAGGGGGCUUGUAAUGUCCUCUACAUCUUCCAUACAGGCACCGAGCAGUGGGCAACACCACGCGUGACCGGACAGAUUCCGGGAGCUCGGGAUGGGCACUCGGCCUGUGUUCUGGAGAGGACGAUGUACAUCUUUGGAGGAUAUGAACAGCUG